AUGAUCGCUAGCAACAACGAGCACAUGCCCGCCAACGUGGGCUUCAUCGGCCUCGGCGCGAUGGGAUUCUGGAUGGCCGCUAAUCUCCGGCACAAGCUGCCGCCCUCGACGGCGCUGUACAUCAACGACGUGGUGCAGGAAGCCGUGACGAGUUUCAUGGGCCAGUUCUCGCACCUCGGCCCCGUUUUUCCCACUAAGAGUGCGGCGGACGUCGUCGCGAACUGCGACGUGAUCAUCUCGAUCGUGCCGGAGGGCAAGCAUGUCGCGGACAUCUUCCGCACGGACCCUGGUGGCGCGCUCAGCAUCCCCUGGCAUGUCCGCGGCAAGCUCUUCAUCGAAUGCAGCACGAUCGACCUCGAGACUUCCAAGGCCGUCGCGGAGGCCGUCACGGGCCUGGGCGGCACGUUCGUGGAUGCCCCCGUUUCUGGGGGACCAGGGGGCGCGCAGGCCGGCUCGCUUACGUUCAUGAUGGGCGUGGGGGAGGGGCAUGCGCGCAAGUCCGAGAUGGACGCCGUGAUCUCUUUGAUGGGCAAGAACCUCUUUGCGUGUGGCGGGCCCACGCUUGGGCUGGCGACCAAGCUCUGCAAUAACUAUAUCUCGGGGACGAUCGCGAUCGCCACGAGCGAGGGCUUCAACCUUGCCAUGAAACUCGGUUUGGACCCACGGACUUUCCAGAAGGUGCUGAACGUCAGCACGGGUGGGAGCUGGGUGAAUGCCAACUGUAAUCCCGUGCCCGGCGUCGACCCCAAGGCGCCGGCAUCUAACAACUACGCACCCGGCUUCAAGGUCCAGCUCAUGCGCAAGGACUACAACCUCGCCGUGGAGGCGGCGCAGAUGACGGGCGCCAAUCUCUUCCUCGGCCCUGCGGGGUUGGAUGUGUACACACGUGCCGCAGCGGACCCGGCGUGCGUCGACCGCGACUCGCGCGUGGUGUACCGCUUCAUUGGGGGGAAUGAGCAAUGGGCAGGCGAAGUCAGCAAGAUGUAG